GGGAGGCGGCGAGUCCGCCCACAAGCCAGGGGGCGCCGUGGGUCAGAUCGGCGGCAGCGGCCGGAACGCACGAGUCAGGCGCUGCCCCGGCCCCGCCGCGCGAGGAGUCGCCGCCGAUCCCGCGCGGAGCCUCUGCCCGCCUCCGCCUCGCGAGAGCCGCGUGAAGCCCCAACCGCCGCCCCUGCCCGCAGCCCCUCCGCGGCGGAGCGCCCGGCGCCAUGCCCAAGAAUAAAGGCAAAGGAGGUAAAAACAGGCGACGAGGUAAGAAUGAGAAUGAAUCAGAAAAAAGAGAACUGGUGUUCAAGGAAGAUGGGCAAGAAUAUGCCCAGGUGAUCAAGAUGUUAGGCAAUGGAAGACUGGAGGCCUUAUGUUUUGAUGGCGUGAAGAGGUUAUGUCAUAUUAGAGGGAAACUAAGAAAAAAGGUUUGGAUAAAUACAUCUGAUAUUAUAUUGGUUGGCUUAAGAGACUACCAGGAUAACAAGGCUGAUGUUAUUCUAAAGUACAACGCAGAUGAAGCCAGAAGUCUGAAAGCAUAUGGGGAGCUUCCAGAACAUGCUAAAAUCAAUGAAACAGACACAUUUGGUCCUGGAGAUGAUGAUGAAAUCCAGUUUGAUGAUAUUGGAGAUGAUGAUGAAGACAUUGAUGACAUCUAAUUUGGAACAGAGGUUUACAUUCCGACGUUUUUCCUCCAAGGAUUGUUCUACAUUGAUAUUUCGAUUAUUUUUUGGGUGAAGUCCCUUUCUUUUAAGAAGACUGAAGAUUCUCGGUAAAGAGUGUAGUUUGUUACAUCAAAAGGAUUUAUUUUCAAUGUUUGUUUUAAAGUAUUUAUAUUUCUUUAGAAAUGGAUAAUGCUGGAUUAUCACGAAGGUUCAAUGAAACGCCACAAAUAUUUUGUCUCUUCACCAAUUAGAGCUUUUAUCUCUGGAUGUGAGAUACAGUGACAUGGGCUGUAAAAGACUGCAUUCCCGCUUCUGCUUUCAUCACUACAAUUCCAGUUAAACUUGUAUUUUGAAAUAAAAGUUGUUUACCCUGUAAUUAUCAUGGAUUUUGAUUAAACACAAGUACCCAGUUGAGAUUCGUAUCAAAUCAUACUAUGCAGUGUUUGUCCUUAUACCCCUUGCCUUGAUGUUAACUUUGAAAAGAUUUUGGUAAUAUAAAAGGAAGGCAGAGAUCUGCAUUUAAAUUCAUAAUGUAUGAUGAAUCUGCUUUUCGCGUCUAGUAGCAUGCUGCUAUUUUUAUACUGAUUUUGAUAAUUAAAAACACUCAUUAUUUCAAAGAUGUAAAUUUGCCACAGCAGAGGGGUAGGGGAGAAGGAAAGCUAAAAAUUUAGCAGCAUCUCAGCUUUGCAGUUGAAAACUGUCUUGUAUGCAGAGCUGUUCUAAGUACAGUGGUCAAGCUGUAGUUGCAGAAGAUGAACACUGGGUGGCACCCAACUUAACAGGGAUACAAUACUACAAAACGUUAAUAGUUGGGUUUGUGCUGAAAAAUACAUAAACUAGUUUUUCCCCGAAGCAAAUGCUUAACAUUCUUGAUAUGUUAAACAUGUAGAAUAUUUUUACAUUAUAGAAAAGGUUAUGUUUAGAGUUUUAAUUUCAUCUUAAAUUUUCCAUACAUUGUAAGGUACAACUUUAAAGGUUAUGUGAACUUUGAAUAACAAUAUAAAUGGGAAAAUUUCUGUUGAAUAUAGGAAAAGGAUCUUUUCAUCCAGAAUAAAUCACUGAAACAAACUAAUGGAAAGAUUCUUCUCCACCUUCAGACUGGAGGAGUCAAUUAAGAAGCUGAAUAAAGACUAACAUCAUCAUGCAAAUAUUAUUUUGUGGUAGCCUUAGUUUCUUUGUCUUCAAUUAUGUAUUUAACAACUCUGAAAGCAGGUUAAUGGAAAACUUCCUUUUGUGCCAUAAAAAUCUGGUUCUUGACACUUGUAUUCGUUAUACAGUCUUUUUGCUAUGAUGUAAAGUGACUACCCCAAUAGAUAAAAACAAAAUGGCUUUAAAUAUGGAGUGGCCUCAUUGCUUUAUAUGAUUUUUAAAGAGAAGUUUGGGGCUAGAUUUGAACUUCCAGAGCUUUUGCAGAAACAUCUUCUUAUUUACUUUUUUCUUUCAAUAUAGUGGCUAUUUUCCUUAUGUGGAUCUGGUAUCUCAUUCUAGGGAUAAGGAUUUCUUAGUACUAAGUAAUUUUGCCAAAUGUUUCAUGGAUUUUAAAUAUCUAUUGUACAAACUUGCUAAAUAUUGGAAAAAGAUACUACCACUGAUCUUCAGGUAUAUCAAUUUACUGUCUUUAUGUGCCUAAAAGGUUCAAUUAUAUCAAGCAACAUAAAUGCUGUAAUGUUUCAGACUAAGGUUUAUAAACCAUUCUCAAGCUCAUUGGUUUCCUCAACAUACUAAGUAGACUAUGAGCAGCUUGGAAAAUGGUCAAAAGCUCUCAAAACUGAUCUUGAUGUGCAAGUGCAGACAGUGUCUGUUCUUUCAGUUGUGCUAACAGAAAUGUUGGUGAUCAAAUUACAAUGAAUGUUUACUGAAGAUACAGUUAUUAUAGAAAUUAUACUUGCCAAAACCAAUCUUGUACAUGUGGGAAAAAUGUAAAGUGAAUGGUCGGUGGUAAGGAGAAAUACAAAUGAUUGUAGUGCUGUUGUAAGGAACUUAUUUCACUGGACCUGAGUUCCCCAGUGUAACAGAGACUUCACCUGUGGGACAAAAAUGAAACUGUUCCUGGCAGAAUUGGUCAUGGUUUGCCAUGAGGUUCCUUCCAAUCUUAAUUGCUCCCAGGCUCACACCUGGCUCACCCUGAACUCUGCAAAGUUUUUAAGGAAGUUUCCAAUUUAAUUAUUAAUUUAUUUUUAAUGCUCUGGCUCAGGACCGUGUGAUUCCUACUUAUGAGCUAGGCUGCAUUGCCUUCCUUGAACACACUUCCUCAUCUUGUUUCUCUGACCACUCCUUUCAUAGCCCAAUCUAGAGAGUUUUAAAUUGUCCCUUCUUGCUUCUCUUUUCUUUAGAAGGGAAAAACAGCUUGCACAAGUAACUCUCUUUUCAGUGUCUCCAGCUAAAGAACAGCAGUAGAACAGCAGCUGCCAGGUAGAGGCUUGCAAGACUGCUGACACUAAAGCAAUGAAAGGUGCUCAUCUGAGAGAGUAUUUUCUAGAUAAUUUUUUAAUAACUCUUGUUUGAAUUUGGGAACUGCUGCUCACUUUUUAUCUAUAGUGUAAAAUUGAAAGUAAAGAUUCAAAAAUUAAUUUUCUGCAGCUAAAGUAUAAACUUUGUGUUCUCUAAGAUGUUUCUUACUUUGAGGUCUUCUCUGCGAUUAAAACUUUGAAACAUGA